AUGAGGUUGGUGUCGCCGCACGAAAUGAAAGAGAGUAAAAACAGCUGGAUGCUUGCUGACACGUCGGUGGGUGUGCCACGGCCACCGAUGAGUUCUCAGGGAGAGGGACAGGAGGGAGUGAGACGGAGACUGUGCACAUCGACUGCGGCGUGUGGUGCCACAAGAUGCGAUUGCCAUUGUGAAGGAUGUGCAACGGCCGCAAUGCGUGCAGCAGAGCGUCACCUGCAUCUUUGUGCCUGCCGAGCUUGCAGGUGCCGUGAGGAGGUGCAGGCGACCUCUCAUCAUUGGGCUGCUGAGGCCGUUUUUCCUCUCUACCCAGCGGGAGAAGCAACUCUUCUUGCAGGCGAUGUGCUGUUCUGCAUCGAUGCUCCCAACGGGUUGUCACGCCGCCGUGUCGUUGCAGUGCAACUCUCGUGUUCCUCACUGCACACGUGGCUCCCUGUCGCUUGGCUUAUUUGCAGGGCCAUUGCCCGCGGUCCCCCAUUGGGAGGCUGCUCACUUGUUUUUCUUAAAUUUUGUGUACUGUUGAGAUGUGCUGGAGAACAAUGGCUGCGGGGACGCCGAUGUUGUGCUUCGCUUUGA